AUGCGAACCACAGCAGUGCAGGGACGCGGAGGAGGAGCAGGCCAGUGCAGGGACGCGAAGGAGGAGCAGACCACAAGCAGCCAGACGGAGGACGCCAGGGACGCGCCGAGUAGCUCACAGAGCACCGGCCCCUCACUGAUCCUGCAGUCACAGAGCACCGGCCCCUCACUGAUCCUGCAGUCACAGAGCACCGGCCCCUCACUGAUCCUGCAGUCACAGAGCACCGGCCCCUCACUGAUCCUGCAGUCACAGAGCACCGGCCCCUCACUGAUCCUGCAGUCACAGAGCACCGGCCCCUCACUGAUCCUGCAGUCACAGAGCACCGGCCCCUCACUGAUCCUGCAGUCACAGAGCACCGGCCCCUCACUGAUCCUGCAGUCACAGAGCACCGGCCCCUCACUGAUCCUGCAGUCACAGAGCACCGGCCCCUCACUGAUCCUGCAGUCACAGAGCACCGGCCCCUCACUGAUCCUGCAGUCACAGAGCACCGGCCCCUCACUGAUCCUGCAGUCACAGAGCACCGGCCCCUCACUGAUCCUGCAGUCACAGAGCACCGGCCCCUCACUGAUCCUGCAGUCACAGAGCACCGGCCCCUCACUGAUCCUGCAGUCACAGAGCACCGGCCCCUCACUGAUCCUGCAGUCACAGAGCACCGGCCCCUCACUGAUCCUGCAGUCACAGAGCACCGGCCCCUCACUGAUCCUGCAGUCACAGAGCACCGGCCCCUCACUGAUCCUGCAGUCACAGAGCACCGGCCCCUCACUGAUCCUGCAGUCACAGAGCACCGGCCCCUCACUGAUCCUGCAGUCACAGAGCACCGGCCCCUCACUGAUCCUGCAGUCACAGAGCACCGGCCCCUCACUGAUCCUGCAGUCACAGAGCACCGGCCCCUCACUGAUCCUGCAGUCACAGAGCACCGGCCCCUCACUGAUCCUGCAGUCACAGAGCACCGGCCCCUCACUGAUCCUGCAGUCACAGAGCACCGGCCCCUCACUGAUCCUGAAGUCACAGAGCACCGGCCCCUCACUGAUCCUGCAGUCACAGAGCACCGGCCCCUCACUGAUCCUGCAGUCACAGAGCACCGGCCCCUCACUGAUCCUGCAGUCACAGAGCACCGGCCCCUCACUGAUCCUGCAGUCACAGAGCACCGGCCCCUCACUGAUCCUGCAGUCACAGAGCACCGGCCCCUCACUGAUCCUGCAGUCACAGAGCACCGGCCCCUCACUGAUCCUGCAGUCACAGAGCACCGGCCCCUCACUGAUCCUGCAGUCACAGAGCACCGGCCCCUCACUGAUCCUGCAGGUGCUGAGUCCACAGGAGCUGAGAUGCCUUUACAAGAUGUCACACGAUACAGUCACACUUUUAUGA